AUGCUAUCGAUUUUUUAUUUGCUCUUUUCCACUUCUCUCAUUUUUCUAACUGCUGAAACUCAUGUGCUCACUGUCAAAGGACACCUACAGUGUGCUGAAUAUCCGGCUUCAGCGGUUACAGUCAAGUUGUGGAAGAAUUCGGAAAAAUCCAUCAUCGACGAUACGCAUUCCGACAAACAAGGAAACUUCCAACUCUCCGCUGACACCAUCGAGAAAGACUACACACCCUACAUCGUCGUCUACCAUGAUUGUGACGACGGUGUGAAGCCCGGGCAACGGAAGCUGAAAUUCCAGAUUCCCAAGUAUUAUAUCGGAUCGGAGAGCGCAUUCGACCUGGGAUCGUUUAAUUUGGAGACGAGAGUGAAGCAUAACGAGGAACGACAGAAACAUGUGGAUAGAAGAAGAAGAAGAAGGGAAUUUGUGGUUGUGGAGAGGAAGAGGACGACUCCAAAUGUGUUUAGAGGACGGGAUGAGGAACCAGACGAUAGAAAUGAGCCGUGGUGA